AUGCUCGCCGAGUCCAAUGACAGACCUUAUGCCGGAGAUGCGCCUAAGCUCCGGACUGCAUGCGAAAACUGCCGCCAAUCCAAGGUGAAAUGCAAUUUGUCGGGAAAGAGUGUCUGCACUCGUUGUCUGCGCCACGGCUUACAGUGCCAAUACGGAUUUGCCAAUCGAUCCGGAAAACCAAAGGGCAGCAAAAACCGGGCCACUCUUCGUAAGUUGGGCCAACUGCAAGAAGAGAAGCCAACCAUGCGUGGUUUUCGCAGUAGCCGACUUGUCGCACCUGUGGCCGACAUGGAACCACUUGGUAGUGUCUAUGGAAGUCAUAUUGCGGAUCCAGUGAUUGACGACGAUGUCUGCUUGAUGUCAAGUCAACCCGGGUUCUGGGAAAGUCCCCGAAGCUUCGGGAAUACAACAACCCUGGAAUCGUCCGUGUGCCCUGGACAGCUAUCAACAGUCGAGGGCUCACCAUUUACCGACCUCGUAGAUCCUUGUCCAGCAAUCCCAGGUGGUAUAGGAUAUCCACACACGCCAGUCACACCGACGUUCUUAUCCGGGGAGUCAUUAGCAGACGGGAUCGCCAGCCCGUCUUUGGCAGACUCUGUAACAUCACCAUAUCCACUCUCGCCAUGCGAAUGUCUAGACAUGCAACUCUUCCACAUGAACCGACUGAACCACCUGCUGGCCGGAUCAUUACCACUCCGACUCGACCACAGCCUGCAAACAAUCAAAUGCACCUUCUGCGCCUGCCAAAUGUUCCUCCAAUGUGCCAAAUGUACCAAAGACAGCACAAACCUCCUGCUAACCAUCUCGCUCCUCAAUCUCACGCUCCAACUAUUUGAAUACUGGGUUUCGCGCGAGACAUCUUGCAUCCCACGACCGGAACAUGGCAUCGAUAUCCGCUACGGAUACUACGAGAUCUGCCUCGAGGAAAAUCGACAGAUCCGUAAUUUCCUGCUGCGAGGCCUCCUGCUUCAAUGUAGAGAGGUGUUGCUGACACUAAAGAUGACGGCCACAGCCACCGAUCUCCAAAUCCCCACGCUGACCGAGAAUGAGUCGUCUAAAUCAAAGGCCUCAGAAGAACACUGGGUUCCCGCUGAGCAUGUUGGUCUACUCCCAGACCUAGAUGCUGAGCUUUCAUCCACCCCCCGAAGUGAAGGUCUCCUACCUAUCAUUGCCGGCUACGAAGCCACCGUGUCGGCAUUUCUACAAUCGACAUCGUGGGGAGAAUGUAUCUGCGGUUCUGGGCGGGCGAUGAUGUGCGACGAGUCUCUUUGA